AUGGUAUACUCCCGCGCAGGAGUCGGUUCCGGGCUGGGCAUCGGCGCUGGCACCCGCGCUCCCUUCCUGGCGUCUCAGCCGGUGGUGUCUGCAUUGGAAUUCGUCCCUGCCACAUCCGCACCUCUCCCGGUGGCGCUGGGGCUCCAAGCGCGAUUCGGGGCUGAGGCCAGCCGCUCCUCCCGGGGGUGGCGCCUACGGCCGGGACGUUUACUGCUGGUGUCGCUGGUGUCACUGGUGUUGCUGCUGCCGCUGCUGCUGCGACAGGACGGCCAAGUCACCAGGUGGUGGAAAGAAAGGGGGGAAUGGAGCCCAGGGUGGAAAUGGAGUCACGAGAGGUCCUCUUCAGAAACCGAAGAGAUGGAUGACUCAGAUACCAAAAGCCUGGACUUCACGCCCUCGGAACUCGACGCCCUCGACGCCAUCGACUGCCGCUCCUCGCCAUCACCAGAGCAAUCCGAGCUCCUCCCACUCCCGCCAACCCCUCGGCACCGUGAAUACCAGCUAGAACAACAACAAGCAGCAGAAGUGGCCGUUGAACCUCGACCAACACCCACACCAGCAGCCCGACGCAGCGCCAGGAUAGCGGCAAGAAACGCCGCACACUCCCCUCCGCCACCAACCACUCGAGCUGGUGCAGGUGCGGGAAGGACUCGACCGCAAAGGGCACAUCCUGCCUCACCGCAACCGCCAGUUCCGUCCACCGACGCCGCACCAAAGAAGCGAGGAGGUCGGCAACCACGAAAGAAACAGGACGGUGGUAUCCAGAAACCAACCACUGCGCCGGCCAAAAGGGAGAAAACUGCCCGUCGCGGUAAGGCGGCUGCGGUAGCCGUGACGGGUGAUGCCCAGGCGGCCCCCGCGACGCAGCCACGACGCCGUCCCAAGAGCAGAGCGUAA